AGCAACGUCAGUUUUAAAUUGCUCAUGACUUUAAAAAUAUGUAAUGGUUCACUAAGCAAACAACCUCUCACACCUCGUUCCACAUACGAAAUCCCUUUCAUAGUUGAGCGCGUAUAAAAGAUAGUGGAAAAUGUUCGUUUGGUUAAGAAACCACCCAUUGUGGACUGCGGUCACAAUAGGAGCCGGAACAAUGAUAACCUUUAAAUAUAUUCGAGACAAGAUCAGAAAUUCAAAUCAGGAGAUUCUAGACAUUAUGAUAUUCAACGAACUGAGCGGGAAAUGUGACAGCGGGCAUCCGAAGAAGGAAGCACUUAACUGCCCUAACAAAUACUGCAGCAAACGUCACAUUCAACGGAUCGUUCAGCAAAUCGAUCAGGCAGUCUACUCUAUAGACAUUGCCAUCUACACAUUUACCACCAUUGAAAUAUUGGAAGCAUUUUAUCGAGCGUUGGACCGCGGUGUGACAAUACGCGUCAUUAGCGAUCCCGAAAUGCUUUCCUCAACGGGCUCCAAGGUCUUGAGUCUGAAAAGCUCCGGAGUUGAGAUUCGCAUGCCAGAGACGACGGCUUUGAUGCACCACAAGUUUCUGGUGAUUGAUGGCGGUGCACGAGUGAAGAGCCUUUUACGAGUUAAGGACGGACGAAAAAAGCCAACUUGUGUUGUUGGUGCUGUGUUUUAUGGCUCCGCCAACUGGACAGCUCAAGGUUUCAAGGGCAACUGGGAGAACUGUGUGCUAAGCUCCGAUAAGCUGUUAACAAAUAGGUUUCAAGCUGAAUUUGACAGAAUGUGGACAUCAUUCAAACGUUAUUAAUCUCAAAGCAAACCGCCUUGAUAUGUAAAGUGUAAAGUUUAUUUACUUAAUCUCAUUAU